CAACUCAGCACCCGAACUACAGACGUCAAGGGAAUACGCUUUUGUUUAUCCGAUUAAUAUGCACAGGAUUUAAUUAGGCAUAGAAUCCAUAAGAGGAGCUGGAGGAAAUGCCACCCAUUUGGGAGUCGGCCAGCAGGCCGUUGUUUGUGCGCUCCGUGUGGCAAGAGGCGAUCGGGAGGCGCCACUUCAUACUCGACUACGAGCCGCGACAGAGGCAGCGGUGGAAGCGCCAGAAGACAAGACUAAGAGGCAACUACCAGCAGACGCAAUCCUGCGAGAUCUACGAACAGUCCUUAGAGGACAGUGUUGAGUACCUGGACGAUUACCUUCUGCUGGACGCCACCAAGCUGACGCUGCAGCAGCAACAAUCGCUGCCCACUUUAGGUGGGCGCCCUGGUCCCGGCUACUCGACCACGGGUGGUGGAUCCCGGCAUAAUAGUCGCCAAUCGAAACGUCGAGCUUGGUUGCUGAGUCGCGGUCGCACAUAUAACAUGGACCUACAUGUGGACCAUCAGUCAAGGCGAAGUUCUCUACAAGAUGCAACUAGUACGCUAACCACAACGACUAACAAUCCCGAAGACCGUCUAGCAGAAAGGGUGCUGCAUUGGCUGGAUUUGGCAGGAAGGACGGAUAUAGUUAAAGAUAAAGAGCCAAGUCCACCGGCCACUAGUAGUGCCCAGUUGGCCAGAUCAGCCCAGAGGAUACAGCGAAACAAUCAUCGCAGCAUGAGUCUGAAGAGAGUGGCGGUGGCUGCUGCCAAUCCCCAGAGAUCAGUGACCAGGAAGACCAUUGCAAAGCCAUCACCACCUGCCGCCCAACAAGUCACCACCUCAUGUAUGUCCUCCUCCAAUGCCAAGCCCAUAACCAUUAUCUUUAACAAAGAGGGCGUGCCCGUACGCCUUAAUAGACCCGCUCGCAACAUUGACCUUUGCACUUUGAGCAGUAGUGCUAGCACCACAAGAAGGUUGGCAGGUCAGUUGGCUUCGGCCCGCCUAUACAGUGGAGCCAGUGCAUCUCCAAUAGCGGAAGAAAGUCGCACGCCGCCGCUCAGUGGAAGGGGCAUUGGAACAUCCGCCGCUUCGGAUAGCCGGAAACAGCUGCACAUCUUCAUGCCCAGUCUGCCCAAGAAGGGUUUACUGGCAGCUGGUUGCACGACGGGUAGUGGACUGGGGGGAUCUGGCGAGGAUGCCCUGAGUACUACCUUCAGUGAGCUGUGCCAGCUGUAG